AGUCUCAGCUCUCGCGAGGUUUCGUCUUCCGGAAUCUCUGGGGACGUUCUCCGUAAACUGCGUGACGAUGUGUGGGGACUGUGUGGAGAAGGAGUACCCCAAUCGGGGGAACACCUGUCUGGAGAAUGGAUCGUUCCUACUGAACUUCGCAGGCUGCGCCGUGUGCAGUAAACGGGACUUUAUGCUGAUCACAAACAGAUCCCUGAAAGAGGAAGAUGGAGAAGAAAUAGUUACCUAUGACCAUCUGUGUAAGAAUUGUCAUCAUGUGGUAGCCAGACAUGAGUAUACAUUCAGCAUCAUGGAUGAAUUUCAGGAAUAUACCAUGCUGUGUCUGUUGUGUGGAAAAGCUGAAGAUACUAUCAGUAUUCUCCCUGAUGACCCUCGACAAAUGACUCUGUUGUUCUAAGCUUCCUGCAGUUCUGUUGUAACUGUGUUGGGUUGGUUUAAAGUAGAGCAAGCCUAAUGGUUUGUCUAAUAAUGAAAGGUGUUUGUAUGUU